CGUCCGAUCCAGCGAUGGGCAAAUUCUUAACGGCCACUGCCCCGCCGUUAACGUUCCGUUAUCCAUCCGUUAUCGACAAUUACUCCUUGCAACUUUAAAACCCCAACGCUCCUUCCUACCCCCAAUUCCGUCUUCCGCCAUGUCCACCACCGCCACCGCCGCCAUCGCCGCCGCGCUCCUCCUCCUCCUCCGCUACGCCGCCGCAACCGACCACAUUGUCGGCGCUAACAGAGGCUGGAACCCCGGCAUCAAUUACACCCUUUGGGCGAACAACCACACCUUCUACGUCGGCGACCUCAUCUCUUUCAGGUAUCAGAAAACGCAGUACAACGUGUUUGAGGUGAACCAGACGGGCUACGACAACUGCACCACGGAAGGCGCCGCCGGAAAUUGGAGCAGCGGCAAGGAUUUCAUCCCGCUGAACAAGGCCAAGAGGUAUUACUUCAUUUGUGGAAAUGGCGGAUGCUUCAGUGGAAUGAAGGUCUCCGUCCUCGUCCACCCGCUUCCUCCUCCGCCGUCUUCCUCCGUCGCGGGACGCCCGGAGAAUUCCGCCGCCGUAUCUCCCCGCCGGCGAGUUCUCGGGGCGGCGCUCGGUGUAGCUCUGUCAGCCUGGAUUGGAUCUGCUAGUAUCUUCUGAAAAGCUUCUGGAUAAAUAGAUAAUCAAUCCCACUUCCCAUUUUUCUGUAUAAUUUUUUAUUUCAUUUUUUAAAAUUAUGUAUGAAUUUAUGAGUGAACAUUA